AUACCAUGAUUUUGAAGAUAAGAAUCGUAAAUACUAUUCGUCUAAACACUGAAUUGGAGAAUAUUUGCGCGACACUUGGCGUUUAAAACCAAAAUGGGGGUUCAAAAUCUAAUAAUAUUAGUUGCGUGGAUUUUAUUCACUACUCAAGUUUGUUCGGUUGAUGGUCGAACUCUGGCUGAAUGUCUGCUAGAUGUACAACACGGAGUCUGUCAGCAGUAUUCUCACAUAACCAUUUGUACAAACGACGGGAAGGUUCAUAACGGUGUUUGUGACUACCAGAGGGCUAUUUGUGAUGCGUUUUAUGUUCACAAUGAGACUCUAUCAGUGGUAGGAACUGGUUCAAACGGAGUAUGUCAUAGUAUCAUCCACCACAGUACAUCCACAUCACCCAAACCUCUCAGCAACACAGAGACCAGAGUGUUCGAAGCAAUUGCUCAUGGAAUAGACAGUCGGCUUCUAAGAACUCAGUCGAGUGGAACAGAGGUUUCAGAGGCCAUCAAAAUAUUCUCCAAACAAGAUCACAUACACGGUAUUUACAUCAGAAACCCAAACUGCUGGGCCCAUGACAUAGAUUUAACUUGCAUUUCACCUUGGAACAGCAAAGGUCAGGCGCGUAGAGCGGGCACGCUUAUAUCUCCUCGUCAUGCCGUCUGGGCAAGACAUUACAACAUACCUGUCAAUACUACCCUGCGAUUUCUCGACAUGAAUAAUAAAGUGGUGGACCGGAGGAUUAUUAAGUCUGUCCCCCUUCCCGUUCCUGCGCAUGCCAACUACAUGAGUGGUUACGACAUGGUAAUCGGACUUCUCGAUCACGAUGUUCCUUCUUCCAUCACUUUUGCUAAAGUUUUGCCAAGAAAUUUUACUAAGAUCUAUAGCACCCACCUGCACCAUGCUCUUCCGGUUUUGAGCACUGAUUACGAAGAGAAAGCUCUAGUUGACGACUUGAAUGCAAUGAACAACAAAAUGGUGAGCCUGUCAGCCCCAAUUUUGUCAUACCGCCAAGCUUACUAUGAGAGUAAAAUUGUAGGUGACAGUGGCAAUCCAAGCUUUUUCGUCAUAGACAACCAGUUGGUGCUAUUGUUUGUUUUCACGUAUGGGGGCGCUGGAUCUGGGACAUCCGUUCAGUUCCAUUAUGACGACAUCAAUGACGCAAUGCAUUCAUUGGGAAGCAGACACUCUCUCUCAGAAAUCGAUCUAUCUCAAUAUGCCACCGAGUCACAAAUAACCAAUGUCUUUGGUUAGAUAUCACUUGUAAUUCGUUGAACUUCUUAGCUGUAAAGUGAUCCUAAUUAUAAUGAAUUAUGAAAUUAGACCUAGUAGCAUUGUAUAGCUUAAUAACACAUGGUACGCACAAGGUCCUA